AGAAAAAUUACUGCAACACUAAUUUAGUUGAUCGAUACGGUGGGUUACCCGCCUAUAUAUUAUGGGUAAUGAUGGUGGAAGUAUUCCUAAGCGUGAUGAUUUGAUCAAAGAUGCAAAGAAGUUAGAAAAUUCUGAAGCAACUCUAGCAACUCAGCUUCUUCCUUGGUUUUGCUGUAGUUUUUCAAAAUUACCUUUAUCCGAGCCUAUUGUUAGCUGUGGUCUUGGUAGACUUUAUAAUAAAGAUAUAUUACUAGAAUAUCUACUAUCUUUUAAGGAAAAGGGAUCUUAUAAGAGAGUACAGCAGGAUAAAGGUUUAUCUGUUGACUCUGAUUCAAUAGAAUAUGGAGUAUCACAUAUUACGACAUUAAAAGAUGUAAAAGAAUUAAAACUUAAGGCAAACCCGGCAUAUAGGAUAAAUUCAACAUCUAAUAAGAAGGUAUUUCAUGGGGAAAAUCAAGUGGGUCGUUGGGUUUGUUCAGUAACUAAUCGAGAAAUUAAUGGUCAUGCAAAAUUUGUAUAUCUUGUACGUUGCGGACAUGUUUUUAAUGAUCAAGUGUUAAUAAAUAUCAAAAGUAAUGAAUGUUUAGAGUGUGGUAUAGAAUUUGCAGAGGAAGAUAUUAUUCCAUUAAAUCCCAAACAGGACGAUUUACCUAGAUUAAAAGCACGGUUACAAGCGCUUAAGGCAGCAGGGCUGACACAUACAUUAAAACCGAUGAAGCAAUCGAGAAAACGUAAACAAGAAUGUCUUGGAAAUGAUUUACAACAAACGAUUCCUUCUAAAAUAUCCGUUAAGACAGCUGAAUUAUCUACUAACAAAUAAAUAACCCCAUAAUAAUGUUGAUAUAUGUAGUUUAAAAAAAUAUGAU